AACACCACUACCAGAUGAUAUGGGUACUACUACUACUAGUAUCUACGAAAUGAUCGAGGGGAAGAACAAGAAAGCACUAGAAUUCAUUGAAGAAGUAACGACUAAUGCUGAACAAGUCCAGAAGAGAGUUCUCUAUGAGAUUCUAUAUCGUAAUGAACACGUCGAGUACUUGCAACGACAUCGUUUAAAUGGUCACACAGACAGUGAGACCUUUAAGGAGAUGGUGCCCAUAAUCACUUAUGAAAAUCUCAAGCCUGAUAUCGACCGUAUCAUCGCUAAAGGUAAUACUUACUCACCACCAAUCCUAUGUGCACAACCCAUUUCCAAGUUUUACUGUACCUCAGGGACUUCAUCUGGAGUGAGGAAACCAAUACCAAUAACAGAAGAAGACAAUGAACGAAGAGGGUUUUUCCAAAGCCUUCUACUGCCUGUCCUAAAUCAAUAUAUACCUGGUUUAGACAACGGGAAAGCGAUGUUCAUUUCGAUUGUACAACCUGAAGAUCCAACCCCGGGAGGAAUAAGACUUACGUCAUCUAGUACAGGCCGUUACAAGUCAACAUAUUUUAUGCAAGACAAGAACUUUACUAGCCCCGUGGAAACCAUUCUUUGUGAAGAUUUAUAUCAAAGCAUGUACUCUCAGUUGCUUUGUGGUCUUUGUCAUAACAAAAUAGUAGUCCGUUUCGGAGCAGGUUUUGCUACUAGAUUGGUUCGAGUCAUAACGUUCUUAAAGGAACAUUGGACUCACCUCUGUAAUGAUAUACGAACUGGAACUAUAAAUUAUGCACAAAUCACUGACCCAUUAGUGCAGAAGGCAGUGUUGGAAGUACUUCAGAAAAGCUCCAGUCCGGAACUUGCAAAUUUUAUCGAGACUGAAUGUAUGAGAGAUGAAGCAUCAUGGAAAGGGAUCAUAUCAAGGUUAUGGCCUAACACUAAAUAUAUCGAGGCUAUUAUAACUGGGAGCAUGUCUCAGUACAUUCCAACUAUUGAUUUUUACAGCAAUGGUCUACCAAUCGUUUCAUGUAGAUAUUCCACUUCCGAAUGCUACAUGGGUAUAAACCUUAACCCUCUAUCUAAACCUGAUGAAGUAUCCUACACCCUCAUCCCUACCAUGGCAUAUUAUGAAUUCUUGCCAGUGCAUGAUGACAGCAGAAACAAUUGCGAUUCCCUAAAUCUAGAGAAGGAACUCGUUGAUCUUACAUCUGUUGAACUGGGAAGAGAAUAUGAGCUCGUUAUCACGACUUAUACCGGACUUUAUAGAUAUAGAGUUGGAGAUGUGCUAAGAGUCUCUGGAUUUAAGAACAAUGCUCCUCAAUUUAAAUACUUGGGCAGGAAUAACAAACUGGUGAGUAUUGCUACCGAAAGGAUUGACGAAGUGGAUCUUCAAAAUGGCGUGAACAUUGCUGCAAACCAUCUUAUGAAAUUCAUUCAUGUCUAUCUUGUUGAUUACACUUGCUUUACUGAUACUACAUCAACUACUCCAGGACAUUAUGUACUCUACUUUGAAAUUCAGUACUACGACAUUGGCAAAACCUCAAUUUCUCGGUCCUUGGUAUUUGAGGAAUGUUGUCUCGCAUUCGAAGAAUCUCUCGGCAGUCACUAUUGCUGUGUCCGUCACGAGGGGACAGUUGGACCUCUAGAGAUAAAGAUAGUCGACGAAGGAACGUUUGACAAGCUUAUGAAUUAUGCAAUCAGCCAAGGUGCUCCAGUUAGUCAAUACAAAACACCACGAUGCGUGAAACUUGCUCCCUUUGUUGAGCUUCUCAAUUCUAGUGUUGUUUCAAAUUACUACAGCCAGACUUGUCCCAAGUAUAAUGGUAUGCAAGUAUAGGGAUCAACUUUGUGGCAUGGAAUUCUCUUGUGAAUGUACUUUCACUAUCUAGAGUUAUCUCAAGUUUGCAAAAGAUUACUGAUUUGGAGAUUUAGUCUUUUUUGAGUUUUUCAUCCUUUCUUGCCGUACAAGUUCC